GCCCCUACUGUCAUUAUAUGCCGUGGUCUGCUUGUUCACCACAUUCUGGGCGUUCAACACUCGAGACUGAUCGAGAUCCAUCAAUAGUGCAAACAACUUCAUUUCUUUUAAUUGCCCUUCUAACACCCCGACUCGUUCCAACCGACAGUCUAAUGUCUACCGUCCAACCAUUUCCCCCCAUCCGUCGCAUAUCACCUUGAAGUGAAGAAAAGUAACUACCGCACACCACGCAGCAAACCGUUUGAUCCACCUAAAACUUCGAGAAAACCCUCCAAGUCAGUCAUGAUCGUGGUUCCGAUCGGUACGCUUCAAAUCCGCAACGCACCGCCGCAGCAUAGGCUCAUAUAACCAACAAACCACCGGCGCGGCAUCGAAAAAAGCCUCCAUUCAUUCGUCCGUGAUACCAUAGAAGCGCGCGCUCGCGCCAGAAGAGAGUGUCGUAUAUUGAUGAGAUCGGGCGGUUUUGGCCAGUGGACGCGCGCGCGCAAAACCGUGAACCUUGUUGUUUCUUUGAACGACUCGAAUGCAUUGAAAAGCUUGCCGUGCAGAAGUUGCCCAACACCAUCGUCAUUAGGUUUCUAAUUCAUCGCGAACAUUAGUGCAGUGCCCAGCGGAUCGUUUGAAGAGAUGCAUUGUAUUACAAAGUUGCUGUUUAUCUGGUUGUCGCUGACGAUCGGGAAACUCAAAGGUGUAGAUCGGUCUCCAGCACCGAAUGUGGUUGUUAUCGUGGCAGAUGAUCUUGGUUGGAACGAUGUAAGCUUCCACAGUUCGAUGCAGAUCUUCACGCCGAACCUCGAUGUUCUGGCGUAUCACGGAUUGAUUCUUAACCGGCAUUAUUCUGCUCCAUUUGGAGUGGCAUCCCAGUUCGCGUUGAUGACUGGCGUCCAUCCGUUAAGUGUCGGUAUGCAGAUGACAUCGAGCCUGGAGCCUGAUCAACCGUGGGGACUCGAUCCGGAACUAAAACUUCUUCCAGAGCACUUCCGUGAAGCUGGAUAUGCGACGCAUUUGAUCGGCAAAUGGGGUCUUGGAUUUUCCCGGAAGGAUUACACCCCAACUCAGCGAGGAUUCGAUAGUCAUUUUGGAUUUCUCGGACCGUACAUUGACUACUGGGAUCACAGCAUGAAAUUGCGUAAUACCUCCACCCGAGGGCUAGACAUGCGGCGGAAUUUGGAAGUUGACCACUCGGUUAAUGGAAGCUACGCGACGGAUUUGUUCAACGGUGAAGCGGUGCGGCUCAUACGGGAGCACGAUCAGAAGAAGCCGCUGCUGUUGGUUCUGACACAUUUGGCACCGCACACCGGUAACGAGGACGAUCCGAUGCAGGCGCCCGCCGACGAGGUGGAGAAGUUCGACUACAUCCGAGACGAGAAGCGGCGAGUGUUGGCGGCAAUGAUCUCCAAAAUCGAUGAAGGAGUUGGUCAGAUAGUGCAAACCCUCAAGGAACGCGACAUGCUCGAUAACUCCAUAAUCCUGUUCUACGCCGACAAUGGGGCUCCAACCGUAGGAAUGCACGCAAAUUCCGGCUCCAACUUCCCAUUGAGAGGACAAAAGUACAGUCCUUGGGAGGGAGCCGUCCGGACGGUGGCCACCGUCUGGAGUCCCCUGUUGAAUCUGACCGCCGGACGGGUUUCGGACCAGUGGAUCCACGUGAGUGAUUGGCUGCCAACGUUGGCACAUGCAGCCGGAAUCGAAGGCAUUCCCAUUGGGAGCGAAAUAGAUGGGCGCAAUCAGUGGGAAGCGUUAAAAAAUCCCGCAAUCAGCGUCAGGAAUGUGGUAAUGAAUAACAUUGACGAGUUGCACCAGUACAGUAGUUAUAGUAGGGGCGGUUGGAAGUACGUAAAUGGGACAUCGUGGGAGGGUAAGCUCGAUAAUUGGAUGGGCGAGUUGGAUGGCGAAGAUGAGUUGAGCGAGGAGGAGUAUGUGGUGCGGCUGGCGGGAUCGGUGGUUGGGCGAAUGAUGCCACUGGAUUUGGAGCAUGUGGCUCGUUUGAGGCGUGACGCGACUGUGGAGUGCGAAGUGGAAGGUGUGGGAAAAGCUUGCAAUCCGAAGAAAUCCGCAUGCUUGUUCAAUUUGUUGGAAGAUCCCUGCGAAAGAAACAAUGUAGCGUCGGAACACUUGGAUAUUUUGGAAGAACUGAGGGCGGAGGUACAGCGGUACCGGCAGACGGCUGUUGAACCACGGAACAAACCAGCUGAUCCUCGGUCGGAUCCUGGAUUCUACAAUAAUACUUGGACUUGGUGGCUGGAUGAGAUUGAUUCUCAGUCGAGUAUGUACAUGUUCCCUCUGUUGAUAAUUGUGAUUUCCGUUGCUCUGGUUGCGUUGCUUCUUUUAUUUCUACGACCAUUUAAGUAGAAUAAAUCAAUAGUGUAAGAAGAA